AUGGUCGGUUUCGAUAAUAUCGAACUUGUGAUGGAUAUCUUGUCAAAUCGUCCGAGUGCUGUGAAAGAAGUUUCCAAUUACCUUCAAGGAGGACAAGUUAACGAGACGUCUACUGAAGUCCAUGGUCGCUCUGCACCUGUUGGACUUCUGGGAGUCAGUCUUGACCCGGAGGAUGCCCGGAGACGGAUGGAGUUGAAAUUACGCGCUAAUGCAUCACGUCCUCUUUUCACUGGGACGAUGCAAGAUGCCCCAGAGGUUCUGCCGCAUAUCUAUACUUCGUCAUCCAUCGUUCAGACUAGCAGUAUCCUAUCCCAGUAUGGAAGCAAGUACAUGCUGCCACUCGGAACUACCAGACACGACUGCGAAGACUACGAGGAAGUUAUCCUUCCGCCUGCCAAAGCUGUUCCCCCUCGUGCAACCGAGCGAUUAAUAGCUGUCUCUGAACUCGACCCUCUGGCCAAAGGCUCCUUUCCUGCACGUGUCUUUGCUAGCGUCAAAAUUGUAGUCACCUCAUAUGCUCCCAUGAAAGCUUUAGCCUCAGAGAUCGUUCGAAAGCUAGGGAAACGCCUGCAGUGGCUUUCAAUCCGUGUUCGGGAACUAACUGGCGAUAUGCAACUCACAAAAAGCGAGAUUGCGGAGACACAAAUUAUCGUGACCACACCUGAAAAGUGGGAUGUCGUAACAAGAAAGCCUACAGGUGAAGGAGAGUUGGCUUCGAAAGUGAGGUUGCUCGUCAUUGAUGAGGUGCAUCUGUUGAACGACGAACGUGGAGCUGUAAUUGAAACAAUCGUUGCCCGUACCCUUCGACAAGUCGAGUCAAGUCAAUCUGUGAUUCGUAUCGUCGGCCUCAGUGCAACUCUUCCAAACUUCUUGGACGUAGCAGAGUUUUUAUGUGUAUCACGUCAAACCGGCUUGUUCUUCUUUGAUUCUUCAUUCAGGCCAGUUCCUCUAGAACAACAUUUUAUCGGUAUAAGAGGAAAACCCGGCAGUUCACGAUCACGAAAGAAUUUGGAUCGUGUUACGUUCGAGAAGGUUGCAGAUUUGGUGCGGGAAGGUCACCAAGUCAUGGUUUUUGUCCACGCUAGGAAGGAGACGGUCAAAACUGCUCUUGCCCUAAAGGAAGCUGCUAUGGCGGAUGGGAUCUUGGACGAUUUCAGUUGUGAGGACCACCCUUCGUUCAGUAACUUCCGCAGAAGCAUCUCGGAGUCCAGAAACAAAGAAAUGAAGCAACUAUUCGACAAUGGGUUCGGUAUACAUCAUGCAGGAAUGCUGCGAUCGGAUCGGAACAUGAUGGAGAGAAUGUUCGAAGCCAGAGCAAUAAAGGUUUUGUGCUGCACUGCAACACUUGCGUGGGGAGUAAACCUGCCAGCACAUGCAGUCAUCAUCAAGGGAACUGAAGUGUACGACAGCACCAAGGGGUCAUUUGUCGAUCUCUCUGUUCUCGAUGUUUUGCAAGUCCUCGGUCGGGCAGGCAGACCGGGCAUGGAGUCUAGUGGCGUUGGCUUCAUUUGCACGACAGGAGAUAAGCUUGCCCAUUACUUGGAUGCAGUGACCUCGCAAAAUCCCAUUGAGUCUAAAUUUACAGCCGGCAUGAUCGAUGCUUUGAAUGCGGAGAUCUCGCUUGGGACAGUGGCCAACGUACAUGAUGCUGUUCAGUGGCUAGGCUAUACCUACCUGUUUGUUCGUAUGCGCAAAAAUCCCUUACAAUAUGGCCUUAGUCGUGAACAAGUCGCCGAAGAUCCACAAUUGGGGAGCAAGCGCAACCAACUCGCGAUUGAAGCAGCCAACAGACUUGCAGAGGCACGCAUGAUUACGUUCGACAAGCAUACUGGCAGUUUCAUGAUCACAGAUCUUGGCCGUAUUGCCGCGAAAUAUUAUAUCAGGCAUACAUCGGUUGAAACAUUCAACAAGGAGUUCAGGCCUAAGAUGACAGAAGCUGAUGUGCUCAGGAUGCUCAGUAAGAGUACGGAAUUCGAUCAAAUCCAAGUCCGGGAGGCGGAAGUGAAGGAGUUGAAAAUCAUGAUGGAGUUGAUACCAUGCACGGUACAAGACGGCACGGAUACAAGUCAAGGCAAGGUCAACAUAUUGCUUCAAAGUUACAUCAGUGGACUUCGUCCGGAAGAUUUUGCCUUGGUCUCCGAUCAAGCUUAUGCUGCACAGAACGGUGGUCGCAUUGUAAGAGCAUUGUUGGAAAUUGCCAUCAGUCGCAAGUGGGCAAACGUCAGCGCGGUACUCAUGGGAAUGAGUAAGGCUAUCGAAAAGCGUCUAUGGCCAUUCGACAAUCCUUUGAAGCAAUUUCAGCUGAAGCAAGAAGUCCUCCAUAAUCUCGAGAGGUGGGCUGAUGACUACACUGUCGCUGAACUGGCGACGAUGUCGGCCUCAGACUUGGGCGAGUUAGUCCACCUGAAUGAACGACAUGGUUUGGCCAUUUUAGAUGCUGCGAAACAGUUCCCCACUGUCCAAAUCAGAUUCAGUCUACGCCCACUAGGCUUCGACGUCCUAAAGAUUGCUGUUCGUGUAACACGACUGUUCAAUUGGAGCUCCAGAAUUCAUGGUUCUGUGGAACCCUUUUGGUUAUGGGUUGAAGAUUCUGAGGGACUCUCUAUCUUGCAGCUAUCCCAUCUGAUAUUCCGCCAGAGCAUUGAUACUCUGGACGUGGACUUCGUUAUCUCUAUCCCUAAUGGACACCCCCCUCCCUCAACAACAAUUCGAUUUGUCUCGGACAGAUGGAUGGGUGCUGAAGACGAAUUGUCGGUACCGUUCACAGAUCUCGUAAUGCCAUCACCAUCCGAAUGUCAUACACCUCGCCUCGAUGUUCCAUAUUUGUCACUUUCGGUGCUUCAGAAUCCCAUCCUUGAAGACAUCCUUGCGAAGCGGUUGCAUGGCUUCAAUGCGAUUCAAACCCAAGCUUUCUGGAGUCUAGUGAAGACGCGACGUCAUGCGCUGCUGUGUGCACCCACGGGUUGUGGUAAGUCUGUUUUGGGUCGAAUAACGGUCUGGGCAACACUAAACCAAGCGCCGAACAAUUCGUGGGUUCUCGUUGUCGCGCCUCGCCGAAGCGUCGCACUUGAGUUGGUCACGGACUUACGUCUAGUGUCAAAAGCCUUGAAUAUUGCCGUGGAAAUAUGCACGCAUGGAUCCCUCUUCAAGCAAUCUCCAGCAGACGUUCGGGUGGUGACCGCAGCUGACCUUCUCCUCGCUCUGUCAAACCAGCCAAGGGGCAAGAUGCCACUGUCAGGUUUACGACUCGUGUUGUGCGAGAACAUGGAGCUCCUCGAUUCGGCGUACGAACUUGGCCUGUCGUUAUUGUUGCGUGCUACACAAGCAUAUCCAGUGCGAUUUGUUGGCCUCUCGUCAUCACUGAACGACCCAGCGGACCUUGCGGCGUGGCUCGAUGUUGACCCACUGGCUCUUCACAGCUUCCGCCCAAGUGAUCGAGACCAAGCAUUGACUGUCAGCAGCCAAACAUUCACGAUCCCGCAGUCUGCAGCGCUAUUCAAGGCGAUGGCGAAGCCUGCUCACACCGCUAUUCAGGAGAGACGCGGAGAAUCUGCAAUCGUCUUCGUUCCGUCCCGUGGCCAGUGCCGCUCCGUCGCUUUGGACUUGAUUACCCAGUGCGCGCUGGAGAUGGAGACAUCUAGAGGAUAUCUUCCGGCCGAAGUUCCGUUCGAACAGGUUGAACAUUACACAUCCAGGCUACAGGAUCGUGGUCUCGUGGAUUUCAUAUCGCGCGGCGUGGCUUUUUUCCACCAGGAUAUCACUCGAGCGGACCGCACCGCGAUCCUCGAGCUGUAUGCUGAGGGUCUCGUACGAGUCCUCGUCGUGCCCCACGACUCCUGCUGGUCGCUGCCUGUCCGGGCAGCAACCGUGAUAGUCAUGGGUACCCAGUACGUUCAUAUCCCACCGGGUGGCGAAGAGCGACAAGUGCGAGAUUACAGCCUCGAAGAGCUCGUUCGCAUGCAGGGGCGCGCAGUGCGCCACAACGCCGCCGGCCAUUUCCACCUGUUCUGCCAGGCAGAAACGAAGGACACGAUCACACGCUUCCUCAACGAAGGUCUCCCGCUCGAAUCGAAGUUGCUAGAAACCGGCGAUCUGCAAACGUGGUACAGAGACAGACGGAAAGACGGGAGCAUCGCGGACAAACAGCAAGGCGUUGACGUGCUGUCGACGACCUUCCUCGCUCGACGACUGAUCAGCAAUCCUGCAUACUACGACGCCACCUCCACUGCUAUCAACGAGCUUCUUUCACGAAUAACAGAUCAAUUGGACGACGCAGUCACGGAAUAG